AUGUCAUUUUCAUUUGGAUUUACAAAAGAUGAUUUUAGUGAUGAUGAUGAAUUAGAAGAAAGUAACACUUAUAUCAAACCAAAUCAUUCAUCAUCAUCAUCAACAACAACAACAACCGCAGUAUCAAAUCCAAAAUCAGCAUUAGAUUCAUUAAUUAUAUCAUCAGAAAAUAAACCAAAACUACAUAAUUUAGAUUCUAUAUUAUCUACAUUACAAGGAAUUAGAAUUAGUUUUGAUAAUUAUAAAACAUCACAGGGGAAUAUUAUUUAUCGAAGAGAAUUAUUUGAUGUUAAACAUCAAUUAAUGACAGAAGAAGAGGAAACCACUGAAAAUUCGUUGAUUAAUAAUUUAUUGAUUGAUGAAAAUAGUAAUAAUAAUGAUUUACAGAAAAAUGUUUAUGAAGGAGGUUUCAAAAGUUGGGAAUGUUCAUAUGAUACAGUUGAUGCCUUGAAUAAAUUGAUUGAACAAAAUGGUCUAUUUCUGUCAUCGCCAAAGAAUAAAUCGAUAUUGGAAUUAGGUUGUGGUACAGCAUUACCUUCAUGUUUUAUUUUACUCAAAAAAUUACAAUCAAUAAAAGAAAAUCAUGAACAACCUGGGUUAACAUUAGUGUUGUCGGAUUUUAAUUAUGAUGUACUUCGAUUAGUCACUGUACCUAAUUUAUUAAUUCAUUGGGCUUCAACUUUAUCAAUUGAACAAUUAUAUGAAUUAACAACUACCUCCACCAUUAGUGGAGAUAAAAUUGAUUCAAGAUUUGUUAAUGAUGAAAUAUUAAUUACUUCAAAAUUAAUUGAACAAUUUAAAAAUGAUCUUAAUAAUUAUAAUAUUCAAUUAAAAUUUAUAUCAGGAUCUUGGGGUAAUGAAUUUAUUGAUUUAAUUACUAAAAAGAAUGAUAUGGAUAUUGAUAUUGAUGUUAUAAUUAGUUCGGAAACAAUUUAUUCACCAGAUACUUUACCUAUUGUUGCAGAAUCAAUUAAAACUAUCUUUCAACAAACUAACAACAAAAAAUUAGCAAUCAUAGCUGCUAAGAAUAUAUAUUUUGGAGUCGGUGGUUCAUUAAUUGAAUUUUUGAAUUAUUUUAAUCAAAUCAUCAAGAACAACAUGAAUGAUCAAGAUUUUACGGUAUCGGUAGAAGAAAUAAAUGAUUCUCAAUUGAAAAGAUCAUUAGUUUAUAUAGAUUAUAAAAGGGAUUAUUGUAUAUAG